UCUCCCCUCUCGGGAACCAAAGAGAACUGUUUACCAGAUUUGGAUACCCCAACACUUUACAAUUUCAUAAGCCGUCAAGCUGCGGUUCAGCAACAACAGCAGCAACAACAACAGGCGAGCGUAUCCACUUCGACUAUUCUUUGUUUACCCACACACAUGUCACAGUCGUUGACAGAAGCGCUGAGUAAACUGGGAAAUGGAGUUGGUGAUCAGUCUAUUACUAUUGAUACCUCAUUGGGAUGUGAUCUGAAUUCAGUUCAAAGUGCCAUUCAAAACACAUUAUCUAUCACAUUCCCUGGCACAUCGAAAGAUUUGACCAACUUGCAGUUAUGUAGUGGACCGCAUCAAUUCGAUCUAACCAACACUUCUGUAUCCGUAACUAAUCCAACUAACGCUCCUAUUUUAUUUCAACCUCCCGCAUUGAAGCUAGAACAGAUGGCCGCUGAACUGAACACUGCGCUCACCACUGACCCAAACCAAUCCCUCACCGAUCCUUUGUUCUGGCCGUUGCCUAUCCAAACCUCUAUUGCGAAUGAUCAUUCGGCUUCCCAGCAGCUUGAUGCGCGCAACACAGUGGGUCAAAUGAAUUCUCCGCUAGACGAUCGUGAUGCAACGAAACCCGGCUGGCAACACGUUGGCUUUUCGUUCCUCCCUAUCUCCAGUUUCCUUCAUUUUCUCUAUUUCCCAACUGCAUGCUCCGGUAUGGGCAAUACUUUAUAUCUUGUCUACUUCGAUGUACCUAUUUUCUGGGCUGCAAGUGUCAAUUAA